UACCUAAGGUGUGUUUUGGAUUUUGUCCUCCUGUGAGAUUGAGUUUGACGCCCCUGUGAUUUAAGAAUUGUUCAGGGUUUUCCUUAUCAAGAAAUAGGGUUUUGGAGGUAAAAGACCUGUUGGUGGAUUCAGGUCACAUUUGGGCCUUCUAGCAUCCAAAGUGAAGACAUACUCUCUAAUAUCUUUAUGAGAUCUUGAUAGAAGUUUUUUUUUUUUUUUUUAACAGUCUGGAAGGUAUUCCUGGUGAGUUGUUCCUUUAUUUCUCAUCCUUUGAGAAAUCAAACAAGUCACUUUGAGUUUUUUUCAUUUAAUUGUUUUUUGUUUAUGAGUUCCCACAGUUAUAAGCAGGUUUUGUGUUAAUUAACCUUUAACCAUCAUGAUCAGAUUGUGCACAAGUACACUUCCAUCAACUCCUCUGAAACUCAGCCCCCAAAGCACCGCGCCUGUCACUCUGAAGAGGACUUCAAGCCUUUUGGGUAAAUGGGCUCGUGAGCUCCUGACCACCUCCCCUGCGCGCACGCGGCCACGCCCCGGCUCUCCUGCAUCGACUUCGCCGCACCCCCAGCAGUCAACUCUCAGUCCGUGCAGGCCAGCAACUCGGCAGCACUUCUUGCAGCGCAACAGGUAAGGUCCCAGCAGAGCCGCUCACUGUCAGCGCGGUCACACCGCAGACCCAAAAUUCUUGUGUUUUAAAGCUGUAGUUUUUCUCCGUUGCGAACAUGAAUCUAAGCCUUCCCGACCAAAGCAUGCACACCUCGUGUGACGGCUGCUUAGAGGACGACAAAUCCGAUGUCAUGAUGCCCUGCUUCCGCAAAAACAUGUAUGAUGAGCCUCUGGCCUCAUACUCAAGCGGUUCCAUAAUUUCCCAACUCCUACGCAAGUCAGUCCACGGCAAAAGGGUGCUGGACGAGAACAGCUUUUACCUCUCCACUGCUGCCGACUCCGGCCAGGAGGAUCAGAGCAGCGUCUCAUCGAAGGACAGCACGGUGGAGGCCACGUCCCCCACUGGACACACCUCUGCAGGAGCCAGCCCGGAGGAAGAGCAUCCGCUGACCGAUCAUCUGCAGGCCAAGAGAGCCCGGGUGGAGAACAUUAUUAGGGUCAUGACUGGUUCUCCGAACAGCAGGCAGCACGGAGACAACGAGAGGCCUGGGAGGGAGGCGAGAGAGUCGUACAGGGAGAACAAGCGUAAGCAGAGACUGCCUCAGCAUCAGGAGCACGGUGCUGCAGGAGUACAGGUGAGCAGACAACCCGGCAGCAGAAACGGGGAAAACAUCAAAGAGGAAGAGUGCCAUAAGCUGAAAGAGCAGCUGCACAGCAUGCAAAGGCUCCUCCAUCAACUCCAGGAAAAGUUUCUGCAAGUAUACAACCAAGAAGAACCUGAAUAUGAAAACGGUGAGGCGAUAGAAGCUGAUUCUGAUCACGAGAUUCUGGAGGAAAACAACUGCUGCAUGAAUGCUGAAGAUGACUAUGAGAAGAAGAAUAGGAGAGUGACUGCAGAUUGUAAGGAUCAAAAGACAGGGAUUGGUUACCUGGUACACCAAGGAGAAGGCCAGAGCCUACAGGAAACUCUGAAGCAGGAGCUCUCCAAGGCUGUCAAUGAUUGUGUAGACAGGGUGUUUAAGAAGGUCUCUUCUGCAGGGCUGGAUUUAUCUCCUCAGCAGCGUAUGUCCUCAUCACCAGAGCUACACAGCAGCUUAAGCGCAGACAGAAAGAGCCAGCAGGGCAGCUCCAACACGGAUCAGCCCCAGGCUGAAGAGGCCAGAGUGAAAUCGCAGCCGCUGGAGUUCUACGAAAGCUCAGAGGCUCAAAGCCCCCAGGACCAGACAGAAGCACUGUCGCUGGUCGUCCGCAAGCCAAUCGCAGCUCCAGUGAGCUCCAUCACCCCAACGGUGAAGAGACCUUACCCCAUUCACCAGACACCCUUCCAGUAUAACUACAGCGCCCCGCUGCAUGACACCCACAUUCUGGAGCACCUUCUCAAGUAUGGGCCACACUCCAACUUCGCCGCCCUCUCCUGCAUGCCCCCAUCCAUGGACAGAACCUCCCCAGAGUCAGUGGAUCUGCCGUGGGACGCCAUCUCCAUGAGGUCCAAGGUGACGUCCAGCCACCUCGGCCACCACUCUCGCCCCUCAUCUUUGGGGGCAGUGGCGGUUGAUAAUCUGUGCCUCCCCCACGUCAAGAUAGAGUGCAGCGAGCUUCAGAACAUGGCCGAAAGAAAUCCUUACAUGUCCCUCAAUAUCCAGGAGGGACUCACUCCCAGUCAUCUGAAGAAGGCCAAGCUGAUGUUCUUCUACACCCGCUACCCCAGCUCCAACGUGCUGAAAACGUACUUCCCUGAUGUUAAGUUCAACCGCUGCAUCACCUCCCAGUUGAUCAAGUGGUUCAGCAACUUCAGGGAGUUUUACUACAUCCAGAUGGAGAAGUUUGCCCGUCAGGCGAUCGCCGACGGCAUCAGGGAUGUCAAAGACAUCACAGUCAGCAGGGACUCCGAGCUGUUUCGAGCGCUCAACAUGCACUACAAUAAGGCCAACGACUUUCACGUUCCUGACAGGUUCCUGGAGGUUGCUGAAAUCACCUUGCAUGAGUUCUACAACGCCAUCAGCGCAUCCAAAGAUUCCGACUCCUCUUGGAAGAAAUCCAUUUACAAAGUGAUUUGUAAGAUGGACAGCGAAGUCCCAGAAGAGUUCAAGACUUCCUCCUGCAUGUAGGCGGGGUGAGAGGUCGUGUACAGGUGAAGGAGUGACUUUUUGCUUGGCAAUAAUAUAUUUAUUUGUUUCUUGUGGUGCAUUUUGAGUGUAAUAUUGAAAGUAAUUAAAAAAGCAAGUUUUUUUAAGUUUUCAAUUUAAAAAUCUAAAAUGUUGUGUUCUGCACUUAAAAUGGUAAAAUUAGAAGAAAAAAAGCAAAUAGUGAUUACCGGUAUUUUUUAAAAUUAAUUUUGUCAAGGCAAUGGUGGAAUUUGUAGUUGUCUAAAGCGUUUACAAAAAUAUAAUCAUUCCUAGUGUAGCUUUUUAAUUUUUUUGAUACGUCUCCAUCAAAUUUUUGUGUUAUUUCAUAGCUCAUCAGUAUUGUAUCAGUGGGGUUUUACGUUACAUGAAGUGUUUGAGUUCUGUUCUGUACUGUAAGUAAAUGAAUCUUUGUUCACUAAAGUCCUGUAAACUCUUUUCGUAUAUAUCAAACAUUGUACUGAAUGAUUGUUGAAAUUAAAGAUGCACUAAAUUAUAAUAAUAUGUGUCCUUUGACUAUUGUCACCACGUGAGCACAUCUGAAUGUUUGUAAUGCUGAGCCCCUAAGGUGCCUCUAAUCCACGUCCAGCAGCCAGCUGCGAAACGCCCCCCCGAACUAUGCUGUUCACAUUGUCCAGCGAAGCCAAUUCAAGUCAACUUUCUAAGGCCUGCAUUCAUUGUGUGAGCGCUGCGGAUGCGCACAACUGCCAUGUCUUGAAAA